UUAAGCAUAAACAAAUCGCACGCAGAGAGACAAAAAAAAAAAAAAAAAAAUCUCAUCAAAUGACAACAUUACAGAGAUCCUCUGUUUCCUUCCGCCGACAAGGCUCCUCCGGCCGCGUAUGGGACGACCACUUACCCCACGAUCCCAACUCUGGACCGCUGUUUGGAAAAUCUCCAGACCCACCACACCCACGUCCGGAUGUACUUCUUCUGGCUCCGGACGAGCAAAAUUCUCCACCGCAACACAUUCAUGUUCCGGAACGAACACUCUCUUCUCCAUGCUCUGAAUCGCCGGCCAAGACCACUCCACGAUGCGGCUUCUCUGCGCUUUUUAGACGGUGCAUGGGCUCCUCUGCAACUCAGUAAAAUCAUUCAAUCCCCUCCAUCUGCCCCCACCAUCUUCCAAGUACCUGUCUGUCUGUAUAUAUAUACAUCCUUGAUGUGCAGCAUCUUCCUCUCUUUUGGAUUCUAUGAAAGUUUUGUUAUUGACGUUCCCUUUAGGUUUACAAAAAAUGGUAUUUUUGCAUUUUGAUUUCUUUUCUGUGAUCUGUAUCUGUAUAAAAUAACUAAAUGUCAAAAUUGGAGAUUACUGCAAUGACUUCUAAACUAACAUCCUUGCACCUCCCAAGAUAAAUAUAGGAUUGAUAGUCAA